CAAAACAAUUUUAAUUACAAAUCUUGAUAAUCAGUUUGUAAUGUUUUUUUCGUUUCAUCAGUACAUUCCAGGAAGAAAGAAUGGUGGAAGUUCGUAAUUGAAUUUUACAAUCGUGUUUUAAAUUUAUGCCGCCAUGUUUGUGUUGACGCAUUAUCUAACCAAAUUUACUAAUAACUUCAAUCCACUUGAAUAUAUUUCAAUUCGUAUGUGACAAUAGACAGUUUACACUUUAAUUUUUGUUACAAAUUGUAGAAAUAUUCGAAAGGCUUGUGUCUAUUCGUAUAUACACGUGUUAAAUGAAAAGGAAAAACGAAACGGAAAAAGAAUGUCGAUCUAAGAAGUCUGCUACCAAGCGAGCCAUGGACGAGAAAAACAAGAAGAAUUCUAAUCGCGUUACGCCACAUACGGAGCGGAACGCCUCUGGCCGUAAUUGGCAAAUAUUUAAGAGUAUCGUGUUCACUUCAUCUACAUUGGAGACAGAUACGCCGAGCGAAGAAAACCUUAAGAAAAAGACAAUUACUUAUCACCAAAAUUCGAGGAAAAAACAUCAUACACUUGUAAUACAUCCACACACUAUGCCUCAUUUCAAUGAAGAACAAGCUUAUGAUGAAAGUAAGAAAAAGCUGACAAAGCAUGUAGCAAUGGAUUGCGAAAUGGUAGGCAUAGGAGAUGGCACUGAAAGUAUGAUAGCCAGAGUAUCCAUUGUAAAUCGACAUGGCUAUUGCAUUUAUGAUAAAUAUGUUAAGCCAAGGGAGCCUGUUCAAGAUUACAGAACUAAAGUCAGUGGUAUCCGACCUCACAAUCUCCAAAAUGGAGAAAAAUUUGAGAUUGUUCAAAAAGAGGUAGCAGAGAUCUUAAGGGGACGUAUUCUGGUUGGUCAUGCUUUGAAACAUGAUUUGGAUGUAUUAUACCUAUCUCAUCCAAGAAAACAUUUGAGAGAUACAUCCAAGUUUAAAACCUUCAAACAGCUCUCUAGAGGGAACACACCCAGCUUAAAGAAACUUGCUUGUGAAUUAUUAGAUAUAGAAAUACAGACAGGAGAACACAGCUCAGUGGAAGAUGCAAGAGCUGCAAUGCACCUAUAUGUACUGUAUAAGAAUAAGUGGGAGUCUGAAAUCUAUUCUAAACGAUAGUUUUUCAUGGGAUGAAAAAUAAUCUUUUUCCUCCGCAGAAAAAUCUGUUAAAACUGUGUACAUAUAAGAAAGUUUCAUGUGUUUCUUAAAUGCUUAUUGU